AUGGAUUCACAGGGCUGGGACGUCCACAUCAAGGGCCCUACCCAUGGUGACCUGCAGGCGAAGUUUCAUACCUUCCAGUCAGAAGUCACCGAGCUGGUCACCGCCUCUGCCAGCAAAGCUGCCAUCUCCGCCGUCGAUCCCGUCAUGGCCGCCAUUCGUGGAGCUGAAGCAGCAGUGCUGCAAGUACCACAGACGUGCAGGACUCAUCUGGACGCGCAGCUCAAGCCCGAACUUGAAGCGACGCAGCGGGGGCUACAGGGGCAGAUCGACUCCCUCCAAGCUCAGGCGCGAGACAUCGACGGGCGGACUGAGAACCUGGCCUGCGAGAUGGAACAGAUGCGCGGCAUGGUGGAUGAGCUUCGGCGCGAGCUGCCGGCGGCCAACCGACAACCCCCUCACCCCAAGCCAGCGCCUGGAUUCGCUCGUGAAAUCGAUGGAACUACUCUCAAAGUGGUGGCGCCCGCGCUUGUCAAGAAGAGGGGCGUCCAGGGCUCCAUCGACAAAUGGCUCAAAGACGCCGAGAUCGACGGAAGCGCACUCAACUGCGACGACCAGGACAAGUUGUUCAGAAUGCAGUUCAAUGGCGCUGUCGGCAUUGCAGGCGAGAAGGUGCUCGCGGCAUUCGCGGCCAUGCGUCUCCCAGGUAAAAGACAAUGGAUGCGUUUUCCCAUUCCAGCUGCCAGCGGCGGAAGCACCCAGCUCCACAUCGGCCCCGACAAGAACCCGUACCAGAUCAAGAUGGAGAUCGCUGGGAAGAAGAUGGUCGCCGUGCUCAAGGAGCGCUACACGGACGCCGAGUUCUUCCUCGAUCGGCAAGAUGGUUGGAGAUCAGAGAGUUGGAAUCCUAUCGCGCAGAUCGAGCCUCAACCUGGGCGCGAGCCCACCAAGAUCUACUGGCGCGACGCCGCAAUCUCAGUUGCGAACUCCACGGAGGUUUCCAGGUGCUGCGCCGAUAUCACCGGCGAUGGCUCGGUCUGCUUGGUUACGUCCAACAUCCUGGAGCUCGACGCGAUGGCUCGCAUAGCAUCUUCGCAGCCCCAGGUAGAGAGCAAGCAGCCCAUUCUCGUCGCGCUGGACUUCGGUCAGGCCUUCCCGAGUCUCAACCAGCAGUACUUCUUCGCGAUCUUCAACACCAUGCAGUUGCCGUCGGCCUUUCUCGCGGCAUGCCGCUCGCUGUAUGCUUCGAUCACCGCCGUCGGGCGCAUCGCGGGGAUCACCAAAGAUUUGUUCUGCAUCUCAUGCGGGUCCGGCACCGUGGUAUCUGUCGGGCGUGUGCCGACAAUAUUGGUGGAGUUCUUCGAUCGCCUCGACCUCCGCUACCUGUCAAGAGUCAUGAAAGUGGCAAGCCUCCGAAGUGUGAUCUUGCCGCUGGCGUCAGCCAGGUGUCUGGCGUCCAUCGUGCCCGACUGGAUUGCCUUUCGGAUCGAGGCACGACACUUGAUUCAGAAGACAGCUUACUCGGCCGCGGUGCAGAGCAUGAUGCUACCAAAUUUGUCCAACGCCAAAGGAAGCGACUCGCCGUUGAUCGACACAACCAUCAAGCGUUGGUCGAAAUGGUUCCCGCAAAAAGCUGCUGAGCUCGCGGGCAUCGAUUGGCGCGUGCUUAAAGAUCAGCUCCUGACCUACCCCACAGUCGCCAGGGAGGUGAUCGAGGAGAUUGCCCUUCUACAGCACGAAGCUCGCCAUCCUCUCCCUGAGCUGGAAGGUGACGCAGCCCACGGAGAGGACGGCGACAUCAACGACGUCGGAACUGCGGAGGGCGACUUCGCAAGCAGCGCGGCCCUGGGAGGGCGACGGGGGACGCUGAACACCGGUACUGUGCUGAACACCACCACGGUCCUAGCGUCUGAGACCGUGGACGACUCCGAGGAAGAGGACGAAUUCACUAAGGAUCUGGCUGCUGCCAUGGAACCCAGCUUGGGCGGUACUGCUGGACUUAGUCAUGAUGGUCUGGAGGACGUGUGCGAUGGCGUGGAGGAGGAGCAAGUGCGCAGCAAUGGACUAUGUACUUUGCCCUGCCCACUGCAUGGACACGAUGUGGAGGAUACUGGUGAUGCACCACUUCCUGACGGGGAUGCUGGAGAUGAUGGGGAUGCUGGAGAUCUGCGUCGUGGUCCCGUCGAUGGGGACGAACACUUGCCCGCAUUCAAUCAUGAUGACAUGAUGGACUGCGACGGGCUGGACUCCGACGGCAUGGCCGUCGGCGCCCACUACGUGGUGGACGGCGACUUCAACGACUUCAAUUCUGAAGAGGCGGGCGGCGCGGCCAGCGCGGCCGAGGCGAUCACCUUGAGCCUACGGUCGAUUUGUUUUUCGGGGGCUUCCUUUGGUGCGGGCGCGCCGCCCGCGCCGACCGCGGCUGGGUGGGUGGGGGCCAUGGCGGCGGCGGGUGCCGCGAGGCUGCCGCCGCUGGUCGCGUGGGCCGACUGGCCGCCGCCCGACGGCGCCCCAGCUGCUACGCCGCAGGCGGCCACGCCGGUGGAGGGCCUCGUGUGGCUGCGCUUUUCGCGGCGCCUCCAGCCCGAGCCCGCCACGGGGGUGCUUGGCCAGCCGUGCGAGGACGCCGACGCGUCGCCCAGGUGCAGCGGCGCCGGGCUCGUGGGCUGCCGCGCAGCCACCGCCACACCGGGGGCCGGCCCGCGUGCCAUCUCCUGCGGCCCGAGCUGCGGCCGAGCGUCAUCGAGCUGCGGCCGCUCGCGCCCGCUGCCAGCAGCCCUUCCGGCGGGCGCGGCGGGAAGGCAACUCUACGCCAGGCCCUGGCCGCGCCAGGCCCAGGAGCGCCGCGGCCCGCGCACGCCGCGGCCUGCGCCACCUGCCACGGCGCGGGGAGGACGCGUCAGCCACAUUGCACAGCUGGUGCCUCAGUCGGUCGAAGGCGCGGCGCCCGCGACAGCGCCGCCGCAGCAGGCACAGCGGCCCGCGGCGCGGCGGGGCGCAGACGGCGGGGCGCCGCGGGGUGGAGAAGCGCAGCGGCCCCCCUCGAGGCCCGCGACGCGGCAAGGCUGCCAGGGCCGCGCUGGCCCGGAGGCCAUCUUCGCGGCGCGGCCGAAGGACCCGGUGCCCUCCGCCGACAUCCCGCCUGGGGUGGCCUCGCGGCUAGAGGCGCGGUUGAGGAAGCUGGCGGCCAAGAGCGCGGAGACCCUCGUGUGGGUCCUGGUCGAGAAGUGCCAGAACUGCCAGGACCACGCGUCAAACGUCCGGCACGACGAGGCUAAGUACUCUGGGAAGUUCUUGGUGCUGGAGGAUGCUGUCAGGCACCACUUCGAGAACCACAUCGCCGUGGCGUCCCUGGUCCCCGACCAGAGGCAGUCUUCAGGCUCCACGAGCCCCGCGCCGCGGUCGAUCUCGCCGCGGGACUCUCGCGCAGCGCUGCCCUGCGGAGGCCACUCCCCGCGGGGAGCCAGGGCGCAGGUGCCGCGCGUAGGCUCGUUCGAGGUGUACCUUUGCGCCCGCUGCCCGCUGGAGCCCGUGGCCUCGGUGCCGCUGCCUCCAGGGCCUCCCAUGCCUGCUGAUGGUGGGCAGCCGCCGCGGUUUUCCGCUGUGUGCGUGUCCUCCAAGCUGGCCGCCCGUCGGUGGCCCGCUGUCGAGGCCGUGUUGUCGAGGCUGGCCGCCUUCGUGCCGCGCGUGCCAGUCCAGGUGUGCGUCCAGACCGAGCUGGAGGCACCCCUGGCGAGGGCGCGCGUACUCGCCUCGCACGCCUUCGCCGAGGACUCAGGCCAGCUGCCGGGCCGCGCUGGGGCAGAGGGGGCGGAGCCCGCGCCCUUGGUGGCCUCUGGCGUGACCUCGGAGCACGGGGUGGCGCAGAUCUCCGUGCCCAUGUGCGCGAAGAUGCAGCUGGAGGCUUUCCACGACGAGCUCAUGGAGCCGCAGCAGCACGAGCUGCGCGUCACCGCGCCGCACACGCGCGUGGAGUUCUUCGCCGACUCGGUGGUGCAGCUGUGGCAGGCAGAGGGCGACUUGGAGCUCGUCGUCUACUGCACCAGCCCCGUCGCGCUGGGGCACACCCGCGCCCCAGUGGCCGGCCUCCGGCCCUUCCAGGGACGCCUCGAGUCCGAGAGCGGGGAGCUCAAGCCGGACGCGCGGGGGCUGCUCUGGGGCUGGCCGAACCCGAACACCUUCCGGGAGGAGAUGGAGGGCACGAUCGUCUGCUGCCGCGGGUGGCGGGCGUCGCCGGUCCAGGAUUUCGACCCGUGGGAGGUCAACGUCGCCACCCGCCCGAUCGAGAUCGCGAGGCUCGGUGCGCCCGUGGCCGAGAUCUCGCUUCUGAGCAGCUGCUGCGGACAGUGCAUGCCCAACGUCCACUUCACGGUCGACGGGAAGGCCGCGGGCAACAGUGGGGCCGAUGCGUCGCCGGUGUCCCGCGUGCUCGGGGCGGGCGAGCACGCGCUGCAGGCCCACCACGCCGCGCUCGGGCCCGACUGCGUGGAGCAGCGGCUGGUAGUUCAGUCGGAAACCACAAUCGGAGUGUGGGCCACGCUGGCCGUCGAGAGGCUGCAGUUCGUGUGCGUCGCGCCCGAGGGCACUCGCGCAGGGCGGUACGCGGGCGGCGUGGCCGAGCUGUGGGCGGUCCCGGGCGACGUCGGCGAAUGGCUGCGGCGCGGCCGCGCGGCGCCCAGCAGCAGCCCGGAGGUAUGGUUCUUUGACGGCGGCCUGCGCGGCGCCAUGCAGCACGAGGGUUAUCCCAAGGAGUCGCCGCAGCUGCUCCGCGUCGGCGCGGGGCGCCUGUGCGAGGCGGACGCGCAGGCCUGCGCCUCCGCGAAGACCGGGCCGGACGGCGGCCCCUUCUGCCCCGUGGCGUGCGCGUUGGCCGGCCCAGAGAGCGCGGACAGCACCUGGCGCGUGGCCCUGCACGCCAAGGUGGACCCCCGCGAGUGCAUCCUGGCGCGCACCCUGCGACACGCCGGCUGCGGCGGGGGCGCCCUGUGGCUCGGGCGCCUCGCCGCCAGCGGCCCGCGCCUCCGCGAGUCGCGCUCCGACGGCCCCGGGCCGUCUGGCGGAGGCUGCACGCAGCUGCGCUUGAGCUGCGGCUGCUGCGGGCGGGGAGUGCCCGGGGUCGGUGUCGACGUGAACGGCUCGAGGCUCGGCGCCACGCUUGCGGACGGCUGCCUGGACCUCGACGCCCCCGCGGGCGCCGACGCGCCCCGCGCGGACCUCGCCCUCCACGGCGUGCCGUCCGUUUUGCUGCCCGGCUCUUCCAGCGGCUUCGUCGUCUGCCCUGGUGCAGACGGGCAGAGGCCGCCGCGCGUGGACAUCCAGGCGUCGGUGUUGCUGUGGGUCUACGCCGUGCCGCUGGAGGGCGGCUCCUGCGACGCAGAGGAGGGCGGCGGCGCGGCGGCCCCACAGCCGAGCGCCGUGGUGAUGGUGGCCGCGGACGGCGAGGUCCCCGAGGAGGCCGUGCCGCUGGCAGGCCGCCUCCUCUGCCCCGGGGCCGAGGAGGAGGACCGCGAGACGACCCUGGACGGGAGCACCUGUGGGCCCUUCCGGGUGCGCUGCGCGCCCGGCGGCUCCAGCCAGGCGGGCGCCUGCCCCGUCGCCGGCCUCGCCCUGCGGCUGCAGCCGGGGCCAGGGCUCCAGUACCGGGCGAAGGACCCGAGCCCGCUCGCCGAGCGCUGCGCGCAGCUCGGCGGGUGCGAGCUGCAGAGGCUCUGGCUCGUGCCGCUGGCGCUGGGCUUCCUGGUGCCUGAGGUUCUGCUUGCCGCGGAGCCUGUCAGCGGGGAGCGCCGUCUCCUGGCGGAGCUGGUCGGGCGCUCGAACCAGUGCGUCUGCCAGUGCGACUGCCACUGCCACUCGGAGGCCGCCGAGGGGAUCGGGCUCACGGCCUUGCUCGGGCUGCUGGCGUUCUUCUCGGUCAUCGCCUUCACGCUUGGCUUGCUGGUCGGCUGCAGCUUCGGGCGCCGCAGCUUGGGCGCUUCGCCGGUUGUGAACGACACGUUCGUGUCCCUCGUCGAGGAAGAUGGCGACGUUGGCGUGGCUCCAGGGGAGGACUUCGCCGAGGCCGACGACCUGAAGCGGUUCUUGGCCAACGGGCAGGCGCCCGCGACGGUGCGCGCGCUCUCUCACUACCUGGUCGACCACUACCGCUUCGGCCAGGACAGGCAGUACUACAUGGACACGGGGGAGGCUCUCGCGCGGGGCCUUCGUCCCGCCGGGGCUGCGGCUCCUGCGGCUGCUCCGACCGCGGCGGGCGCGGGCGCCGGGCCCGCCGCGAAGUGGCGCGCGAUGGAGGCUCGUGGCAGUGUGGGGCUUGGUGACGCCCUCACCGCCUCGCUGGGGCCAGUCGAGUUCGAGUCCAACGAUCGCUGUAUCUUCAAGCUGAAGGAUGGCACAGUUUUGAUCGGAGGGCUCGAGGGCACGCUGCCGACGGGCCCCGCUGCGGGGGGCGAGGGCGACUCCCGCAUCCUGUCCGCCAGGCAGGGCGCCCAGCAGCGCGAUCGCCGCUCCUUCGCGAGCGCGCUGCAGGACAUGAAGCCCGCCGACUUCGGGAAGAGCUGGGAGAUCGAGGGUCCGCGCUCGACGUAUUUCACGGCUGAGCGGAUCUACGAGGGCAACCACAGCCCGGUGCAACGGCACUAUUGGUGGCGCUCGGUGAUGGGGCUGUCGGCGACGGACGUCGGCGUGGACGAGCACUUGCUGUUGUCCCAGCUCCUGGAGGUCGGCAUGGCGAUCGAUCAGAUGCAGGAUCUGCUGCGAGAGGUGGACACGGGCGGCUCGGGCGGUGACGACUGGCUGAGCGAGCGCUCUCUGUUCUUAGGCGCGAAGAACUUGAGGAGCAGCGCCAUCGUCAUGCCUGAGCUGGAGGACUACGUGGCGAAGGAGCUGGCGGCCCGCGCCGCCGUGCUGAAGGAGCGCCGCAAGGCGCGUGAGGAGGCCGCUCUGGCCAAAGGAGAGGGGACGGGGCCGCCACGGGGGGGUCUGCCCUGCCUCCUCGAGGGCUUUCGUGAGGGGUUCAGGGCUGGCAGGUGGGACCACCCUGAGGCGCUUUCAGCUUCGCAGCAGAUGAGGCAGCGCGACGUUCUGCCGAUCUCCCUGGCGGCCGCCUCGGAGAUCUGUGCCGGGGGUGCCAGCGGGCUGGGCUUGUCCCAGAGCCAGCGGCGCCGGCUUCGACGUCGACGCGCUCAGGAGGUCUGGCUGUUCGAGGGCAUCCGCGCCUUGAACGAGCUGGGCGCCCCGGAGCCGCUGGCGACUUCGCCUUCGUCUUUGACUUCUGCUCAGGUCUCGGCCGUUCGACACCUUGCUCGGCAGUGCGGAUCAGUCGUCGCUCCCCCGCCUGACUGCGGGAGCGCCCUGGGAGCGUGGGAGGCGCUCCAGGGUACGCGGCCCGGCUACGCGGAUGACGCGAUGGCCGUCGGUGCUCGGGCGAACUUCGAGCGAGGGAACGUGUCGCUUCCCGCGGGGCUCUCUGGGCGAGUUGCGCUGAGUGAGUGCCUGCCGCCCGCCCUGCAGUCUGCGCUUGAAGAUCGGUGUUUUUUCGGCCUGCCCUCCCUUCCUAUUGCGCACCUGUCCCCGGACCUCGUCGCCGCGCUCCCGGAUGCGGCUCGUAAUCGGGGCUGGGCCCGCGUGCGGGCUCGCGCGGUGCCGAUGGGUUGGAAUUGGGCCGUGGCUCUUGUACAGGCCGCUAACCAGUAUCAGCUCGAUAAAGUUUCCCCCGAGGCCCCGUGGCUCCUAGAUAAGGUCCCGCUCCCGCCUCUUGGCGACGUCGGGUCGCUUCGCGGACUUUAUAUCGACAAUUUCGUUUCCAUUGCCCAGUCUAAGUCGGUUGCCACCUCGGACGUCGAGAGCAUGCAGUCGCAGCUCGCGGGCCUUGGGAUCGCGUCGACCUCGGAGACCUCAGAGGCGGGGGACAAUGACUUCAUAGGUUUCACUUUGGUGGGCUCGUCUGGGGAGUGGCGUCCAAAAGCUAAUCGUUUCUGGAGGGUGAGACUGGCUGCCGACUAUCUCCUGGAGGUUCGGCCUGCUAUCGCAGGGCAGGAGCUGGAGCGUUUCGUGGGCCACGUCACGGCUCUGUUUUCGCUUUUCCCGGAGCUUGUGCCUCAUGGAAAAGCACGCUUUCGGGGUCUUCUCAGUAUCUCAGAGGCGCCGCGGUCCCGGGCUCUGGACCACCAGGAGGAGCUGGAGAUCUCGGAGGCUUCGGAGACCAACAUCCUGGGACUCGGACGGGCCCGCUCUUUCGCUGAGGUCCCGGCGGCCCUGGUCGAGCGGAGCUGGACUGCGGCCUACGCGGGCCGCUGGAGGGGGGCCCCGGGGCCCCAGGUCCAUCUCGAGGCCCGGGCUAGGUCGUCGACUCCGGCCAUGAACUUUCAGUGCCGGCUCUCGUCUGCCAUUGCUCUCGCCGUCGGGCUCAAGCUUCACGACCGAUGGGCCCCCUCGGAGCUCAACGCUCUGGACGCUGCGAGCCGAGGCUCGGGCCGCCUGGAGCGCCUCCGGACGGCGACGCGGGCGCGGCUGCUGUUGCUGGCCCCGCUGCUGACCUGCCUGCAGCAGGAGCGCAUCCGCCCGGCGACGCAGGCGGGCUACUGCGACGUGCUGGAGCAGCUGGCUGGCUACCUGAAUCAGUGGCCGCUGCCCGCUUGGUCGGGCCCGCAGUGGGGCCUCCAGCUCUUCAACUUCGUGGAGUGGGCGCGGGGCGAGGGGUGGUCGCGGGCGCUGGCCUCUCGGCUGCUGGCCGCCGUGGUGUGGGCCCAGCCUACGUUGGGCGGCCCGCUGCGCCAGGUCUUCCCCGGCGCGCAUGCGGCCAUGCUAGGCUGGCGCCAGCUGGACCCGGGGCACAGCCGCCCGCCGCUGCCCUGGGGCGUCGUGCUGGCCUUGGCGUGGGCGAUGCUGCCCGAGUGCCCUGUGGGCGCCCUUGCCAUCAUCGUCAUGUUCGAGACCUACAUGCGCCCCUCGGAGCUCCUCAGCCUGACUGUGGGGCAGCUUGUGCCGCCCACGACGUCGCGCGGCCAGGGCGCGUUCUGGGGCUUCUGCGUUCACGUGGAGGAGCUGGGACGGCCGUCCAAGACCCAGGAGUUCGACCUGAGCGUGCUCCUCGACUUGGACCGCCGCCGCCCACUCAUCCCGCUGCUGCAGGCGCUGCAGGCGGGGCGCGCCCGCGGGGAGCGCCUCUUCGACGUCAGCUCGAGGCAGUUGUGCCGGUCCUUCGUGCUGGCCGUGCAGCAGGUGAAGGUCUCUUGCGUCGAGUCGAGCCUCUACGCGCUGCGGCACGGGGGCGCCAGCCACGAUCGUCUCGUUCGAGCGCGGUCGCUCCUCGAGGUGCAGCAGAGGGGGCACUGGCGCAGCUUUCGGAGCGUCGCUCGCUACGACAAGCACGCGCGGGUGUCCUUGCAGCUCGGCAAGCUCCCCGCGACGGUGAGGGGUCAGAUCGCGGCGCUGGUGGGCCGCGGCCUCGCGCCCUUCGUCGAGCGCUGCGCCAAGCUCUUGCGCAGCCGCAGCCCCUCGGCCCGAG